UAGAGAGACAGAGAAAAAGAAAAACCAGUAUAGAUUAUCAGCGAAGAUAACUGUACGUAAAUAAUUAUGGUUUCUCCGAUCCCAAACAGCGUCAGAAAGCUGUGGAAAGAAUGGAACGUCCGAAGCAUAAUGCUGUUCAGCCUGGGAAUGCAGACAUUCCUGAUCCUGGCGGCUCCCUUCAGAAAACGCACCUCACAUAAGAUACUCAUCUUCUUGCUCUGGGCGGCCUACUUGCUCGCUGAUUGGGCCGCCAACUUCGCGGUCGGCCACAUCUCUAGCCGCCAGAACGACAACUCCGACGUCGGCUCCGAUGAAUUUCAUAACGACAUCCUCCAGGCCUUUUGGGCGCCGUUUCUUCUUCUCCACCUCGGCGGACCCGACACCAUCACUGCCUUUGCUCUUGAGGAUAACGAGCUCUGGCUCCGGCACUUCUUAGGGCUGGCGACUCAGGUUAUGGCCACUAUUUAUGUCUUCGUCCAAACCAUUCCCGGAAACACGCUGUGGAUCCCGACGGUUAUGAUGUUCCUCGGCGGAAUCAUCAAGUACGGCGAGCGAACUCGCGCGCUGAACCUGGCGAGUCUAAACAGCUUCCGCGACUCUCUUCUCCAGAAGCCCGACCCUGGUCCCAACUACGCGAAGCUCAUGGAGGAGUACUCCUCAAAGAAAGAUGCAAGGCUUCCGACAAAGAUUCAUAUGACGCCGGAGCCCCAGAGGAUUCAUAUGACGCCGGAGCCCUCCUCAAAGAAAGAUGCAAGGCUUCCAACAAAGAUUCAUAUGACGCCGGACCCCCAGAGGAAAACCCAAACCUCAACCGAAGACGAGGAAUAUUUGACCAAUAUCGAAGUUGUCGUCGAAGCCUAUCACUUCUACACAAUCUUCAAGGGGCUUAUAGUGGACUCCAUCUUCAGCUUCCGAGAACGCAACGAGAGCAGACAGUUUUUCGCUGACAGAACUCCAAAGGACGCCUUAAAAGUGUUGGAGGUCGAACUCAACUUCAUUUACGAGGCUUUGUACACUAAGGUUGUUGUUGUGCACAAAAUAAUUGGCUACGUAUUCCGCUUCGUUGCGUUCUCUGCGGUUGUCGUCACGCUGGGACUGUUUAUUACCGCCGAUAAAGACGGCUUCAAGGAGUUCGAUGUCGGAGUUACCUACACUCUGUUGUUCGGCGCCCUUGCUCUUGAUUUUAUAGCUCUGUUGAUGCUCAUUGUCUCCGAUUGGACUCUAAUCAGUUUGCAGAAAUAUAAGAGGAAAGCUUCGUUUUUGGUGACUCCGUUUGAAUGUUUUCUAGGUUUUGUUCUUCGUUUGCAGAAGCCAAGCUGUUGUUAUGAUCGCCCAAAGAAUCUUUUCUUACGUUGCUGUUUGAGGUUAAGAAGGACACUGUUUCGCAGGUGGUCCGAGUCUAUUCGUGGAUACAACUUCAUAUCAUAUUGUCUCCAACAACGUCUAGAUCAAAGGGUUCUACUUCGUAUUAACAAAGAUUCUGCUGAUGCUGCUGAUCGCGAAUGCCAAGCCAUCCUUGGAACUAAAAUCAUCAAAGGACCAACACUUGCCUGUGUUAAAAUCCUCAAGUACUUGUGCCUCGGAUUGAACAGACUCCUUGAGUUUCUGGGGGCUAGGCAUCUUGUGGACGAGUGGUUUCACUCCAAGAAAACAAUAAUGGCUGGCGAUCUAUGGGAGUUCAUCUUCAAUGAGCUGCAAAGGAAAGCGAACGACGCCGAGGACGCGGAGAUCGCGAAGCACAUCUUCGAAGCCAAGGGCUGCUACGUCCUGCAAGAAGGCAAGUGGAAGAACAGCGACAUCAACAAGCUGAUUCCCUACAUCGAAGACCUCGCUUACGACGAGAGCCUUGUGUUGUGGCACAUCGCCACCGAACUCUGCUUCCAAGAUGAACAGCCGGAAGAUAAGAAGGAUGAGAACAACACAAAAACUAACAAUGUUACAACUCAAAAUGAUAAAGAACAACACAAAAACUACAGAGAGUUUAGCAAGAUACUGUCGGAUUACAUGCUGUAUCUGCUGGUGUUGCAGCCGACGAUGAUGUCGGCGGUGGCGGGGAUCGGGCAGAUUAGGUUCCGGGACACGAGCGCCGAGGCGAAGAAGUUCUUUAUCCGGAAAGGGGUGGGGCAGAAUAAGAAUGUUUCGGCGUGUAAGAGCAUACUUAGGGUCAACACUGAAGUUAAGCCAGUGACAGUGAAGGGAGAUAGGAGCAAAUCGGUGUUGUUUGACGCCUGUAUAUUGGCUAAAGAGCUUCAACAGUUUGGAGAGGAGAAGUGGGAGAUAUUGAUCAAAGUUUGGGUUGAGAUGUUGUCGUAUGCGGCUAGUCAUUGCAGGCCAGAAGCGCAUGCGCAGCAACUGAGCAAAGGUGGUGAGCUUAUCACUUUCAUUUGGCUUUUGAUGGCUCAUUUUGGGUUGGGAGAUCAGUUUCAGAUUAAUGAAGGCCACGCCAGAGCAAAACUCCUUGUGGAAAAGUAGUUGCCAGCUA